CGCCCGGAUCCGUGUGCGGCGCAGGCCAACCAGAAUCAGCAUGGCUGGAACUGAAGAAGCCGUUCUUGGAGGCCAGGACAGCCUCCCUUCUUCUGCUGCUGGCAAGUCUGUAUUAUGCUUUGGACAGUACCAGUACACAGCAGAAGAGUACCAGGCCAUCCAGAGUGCGCUGCGGCAGAGGCUGGGCCCUGAAUACAUAAGUAGCCGCGUAGCUGGAGGUGGCCAGAAGGUCUGUUACAUUGAGGGUCACAGGGUAAUAAAUCUGGCCAAUGAGAUGUUUGGCUAUAAUGGCUGGGCACACUCGGUCACCCAGCAGAAUGUGGAUUUUGUCGACCUUAACAAUGGCAAGUUCUACGUGGGAGUCUGUGCGUUUGUGAGAGUCCAGUUGAAGGAUGGUUCCUACCACGAAGAUGUGGGCUACGGUGUUAGUGAGGGGCUCAAGUCCAAAGCUUUAGCUUUGGAGAAGGCAAGGAAAGAGGCUGUGACUGACGGGCUGAAGCGAGCGCUGAGGAGUUUUGGGAAUGCACUUGGAAAUUGUAUUCUGGACAAAGACUAUCUGAAGGCACUAAGUAAGCUUCCACGCCAGUUGCCUCUUGAGGUAGAUUUAACUAAAGCAAAGAGACAAGAUUUUGAACCAUCUGUUGAAAAAGCAAGAUUCAGCAGCUGCAGACAGAACAUGGCUCUGGGACUCUCGAAACCACCGAACGUGAUCUCCCCUGGCAGACCAAGUCACUUGGAUGAUCCUCUCAUUGGGAUCGAGGGGAAUCCAGACAGCAGCUCCAGAUGCCCGAACUCUGCCGUUGAGAACAAAGCCACCUACCAUCGGAAGCUCCGGCAAAAACAAUUACAGCAGCAGUUCCGGGAACAAAUGGAGAGACAGACGGAGAAACAGCAGCAAGACCAACUGUCUGCUCCAUCAAUUGAAAAGAAGUGCCAGGUAACUAUAGAAUCGUUGCCUGCGCCUCCAGUGAAGCACAGCACUCCUGUAACUGCUGUUUCAGAACCGCCCACAGGGAAAGAUUUGGAAGACACUCUUGAAAUGUGGGAUCUGACUCCAAAUACAUGGGACAGUGUUGCAAAGCCUUUGUGUAGUCCAGAACCACCCGAGACCCUUGCCAGACCUGUCUUGGAGAAGGAGAUGGUGACCCCCAAUAGCCACCAGAAUCCACAAGCAAAAUCUGAAUCCUGGCAUCUUUCAGGUCACCACCAACCUUUAAGAGGAAAAUGUGAUUCCUAUCAGAAAGACCAGGAUACAAAGAGAAGGAAAUUGAAUCCAUCUUAAUCAAGGCUCAAACCAAAACAGUAGACUGUCACAGAAGUGUUUUACAAAUGGGUCAUCGUUCCUUGGGAGUCAACUCUUAUUUCCAAAAGUUUAUCAUGCUUAAUUUUGAAAAUUCAGAGGAUCUGAUUUCUGGAGCCUACUAGAUAGAGCUGUGCAGCUAAAAUCAUGGACUUUCAACCACAGCUGUCAUGGGGACGUGUUGAGGGAGAUCAAUAUCCUGUCUCUGACUCGAGGCACUUCACUGUCCUUGCAUCAUUAUAGUAAAUAAAGAUCGCAAUUUUAGGAAUCAUCAAUGCUUACCAGCCCUUAGGACACAAUGGUAUACUACUAAGCAUCAACUUUAAUAGCAGCUCAAAAUGAAACGGUCGGUAACUGCUGUCAUAUUUUUUAGGGCUCUAGGAUUUGGGGGGGAGGGCUCCAUGUUUUUACUGUUGACCUGAGUACAGCAUACCUUAUUUUUUUCUGCAUAGCAGAUGUUUUAGAAGUUGAAGAUGUGUGGCA